AUGGCACAUAGUUUGAACGGUAAAGUUGCUUUGGUGACUGGUGGUGCGAGUGGGAUCGGUGCGUGUACAGUGAGAAGCUUAUUGGAGGAAGGUGCAAAGCAUGUAGCAGUAUUAGAUAUAGAAGUAGAAGCAGGCAAUGUUCUACAAAACGAAUUAAACACAAAGUAUGGUGAAAAUAAAGUGACGUUUAUCGAAUGCGAUGUAACCAACAAAGAAACGCUGGUAGGAGCAUUCAAUGCAGUGCAAGAACAAAAUGGUUACAUAGAUGUGGUUGUAAACAAUGCUGGCAUUUUAGAUGACACUCCAGAGAAUUUUGAGAGGACAAUUAAUAUUAAUUUGACAUCUCUAAUAAGAAGUUCCUUACAUUCAUGGAAAAUUAUGCAUAAAGAGAAAGGUGGAUCAGGUGGCACUAUUAUCAACUUUAGUUCAGUUGCUGGGCUGCUAAAAUUUGAAGCUAUUCCGAUUUACAGCGCCACCAAAACAGCUGUGCUUAAAUUCAGUACUUGCUUGGGUGAUGAAACACAUUAUACAAGAAGCGGAGUGCGUGUACUGGCUAUGUGUUUCGGUGUGACGGACACGCCUAUUUUAGAAAAUAAUACCAAGUUAUUUGAUGAGACAGCUAAAAUAAACUUUAAGGAGUUCAAAUUACAACGGCCCGAAUCAGCAGGUAAAGCAGUCACAGAAGCAUACAAACAGGGAACUAGUGCUAGUGUGUGGUUGUCCAACGCUGACGAACCAGCCUUAGAUGUUACCAAAGACCACAGCAAAAGCAUGGAAUCUGCUUUAAAAGUCUACUUGAAAAUGCAGCAGCAGAAGAAGAAGCACCAGCAGCAGAAGCAGCAGCAGUAG